AUGGCCACUUCAACGGAAAAGCCCAUUGUUCUUCAUCUCGGGGACCCAGUCGAGUUCAACCACGACCUUUAUGCGACGCUCGAAUCCAAGUUCACCAUAAUCCGCCCCUCGCUCGAAGAGCGCCAGCGGCCUGCUUUCCUUGAGGCACUACGAAGUGGAAAAUGGGGUCACAUCGCCGGCUCCUUCAAGCCAUUCUGGAUCAGCGGCGGAGAGAUGGGUCGCUGGGACAGAGAGCUCAUUUCCCUGCUGCCCGACACGUUCAAGGUAUACACGGCGGCGGGGGCGGGAUACGACUGGGCCGACGUGGACGUCAUGGCCGAGCGGGGCAUCCUUUACUGCAACGGCGCAACGGCGUCGACCGAGGCCGUUGCUGACAUGGCCUUGUACCACAUCCUCUCCGUCUUUCGCAACAUGCAGUGGAGCAACAUGGCGGCACGGUCGGGAGAUGGCGGCAAGUUCCUCGACGCGCACCGCAACGCACCCUUUGGCGCGCACAACCCGCAGGGGCUUACGCUUGGUAUAGUCGGCCUCGGCAACAUCGGCUACAGGAUCGCUCAAAAGGCGCACAGGGCCCUCGACAUGAAGGUGGUGUACGUGGAUGUGGUGGCAAAGAGCAAGGAACAAGAGGAUGCCAUCGGCGGAGCCAGGAGAUUCGAAACUAUCGACGAGAUGCUCGGAGUAGCAGACUGCACAGUGCUCGCUGCGCCAGGUCAGGCAGGGCAACUGCUUGACAGGGAAAGGAUCAGCAAGAUCAAGAAGGGGGCAAGAGUGGUCAACAUCGCCCGGGGCACGCUGAUCGACGAGGAGGCGUUGGCGGAUGCGCUUGAGAAAGGCGACAUCUUUGCGGUGGGAUUGGACGUCCACGCCGAUGAGCCCAACGUCAACGAGCGCUUGAUCAAGAACCGCAAUGCAACCUUGACGAGCCAUACGGCCGGGGGUGCGCUGGAGACAACAAGCGGUUUUGAAGGCCUGAGCAUGAAAAAUCUGCUAGCUGUGUUAAGCGGAGAGGCACCCUUGACACCUGUCAACAAGCACUUGAUCAAGGGUUAA